AUGUUUGUGGCUGGUUUGAAAUCCACCAUACGUAGAGAGGUGCAGUGCGCCAGUCCCCUCACACUCAACCAAGCUUUUUCGCUGGCAUCUAAAGUUGUGGCUCAACAGGGUGAAUUACGGUACAUGUUCCAGACUCAUAACCCCCAGAAAAACCUUCCUCGUGGUCCUCCUCAAUCACAACCACACCAAACUAGCCAAACUACCCCACACCACCCUUCUCCAAUAAUUCCAUUACCGUCUCAUGCUUUGCACAAGAAAGCUCUUCCGAUUGUCCGCAUUUCUGCCUCUGAACGACAAGAAAAAAAGGCUAGGGGAGAAUGUUAUACUUGUGACCAGAAAUGGUCUAAAUCUCACCGUUGCCCAAAUCGAUCAUUGCUCUUAAUGUGCUCGGAGGAUGAUAAUUCAAGCGAUGCUUUUCAACAAUUGGAAAUGGUUGAUGAGCAUGUCCUCACUGAAUCAGAUGAUGUGCAUAGUUGUUUUGAGCUUUCACCAGUCCCACCUGAAGAGACUACUGCCAUGAGCUCAACACAGUGGCCAGACAGCAUUCCCAUUGAAAUCUUAACUAUUUUACAACAGCACCCUAUGAUUUUUUGGGUACCACGGGGUUCAGCCUCGGUGAAUGUGCAACCAUAUCGCUAUCCUCACUUUCAAAAAUAUGAGAUGGAAAAGAUGGUUAGAGAUAUGCUUGACACAAGCAUUAUCCGACCAAGUACCAGCCCGUUCUCUUCACCAAUUUUACUUGUCAAAAAGAAAGAUGGUAGCUUUCGGUUUUGCGUGGACUAUAGGGCGUUGAAUAAGAUCACAAUUCGAGACCACUUUCCAAUUCCCAUGGUGGAUGAUUUAUUUGAUGACCUGGGUUUAGCACAGUUUUUCACCAAAUUGGAUUUGCGUUUUGGAUACCACCAGCUUUGA